ACGCAGCGCCCUCGCUCCCACAGUAUGGCCGGCGACAUUAGCUAGCGCUCGCUCUACUCUCUCUAACGGGGAAACAGCGGACUACAAGAGACUGAGCUGUAUCUGCCUCUAUUUCCAACAGACUCACGUUCAACUUUCGCUCACACACACACACACAAAAAAAAAAGCCGGGAAAAUUUUAUUAGCCCUUUUUUUAAAAAAAGUUAAUAUAAAAUUAUAGCAAAAAAAGGAACCUGAACUUUAGUAACACAGCUGGAACAAUCCGCAGCGGCGGCGGCAGCGGCGGGAGAAGAGAUUUAAUUUAGUUGAUUUUCUGUGGUUGUUGGUUGUUCGCUAGUCUCACGGUGAUGGAAGCUGCACAUUUUUUCGAAGGGACCGAGAAGCUGCUGGAGGUUUGGUUCUCCAGGCAGCAGCCCGACGCAAAUCAAGGAUCUGGGGAUCUUCGCACCAUCCCAAGAUCCGAAUGGGACAUACUUUUGAAGGAUGUGCAAUGUUCAAUCAUAAGUGUGACAAAAACUGACAAGCAGGAAGCUUAUGUACUCAGUGAGAGUAGCAUGUUUGUCUCCAAGAGACGUUUCAUUUUGAAGACAUGUGGUACCACCCUCUUGCUGAAAGCACUGGUUCCCCUGUUGAAACUUGCUAGGGAUUACAGUGGGUUUGACUCAAUUCAAAGCUUCUUUUAUUCUCGUAAGAAUUUCAUGAAGCCUUCUCACCAAGGGUACCCACACCGGAAUUUCCAGGAAGAAAUAGAGUUUCUUAAUGCAAUUUUCCCAAAUGGAGCAGCAUAUUGUAUGGGACGUAUGAAUUCUGACUGUUGGUACUUGUAUACUUUGGAUUUCCCAGAGAGUCGAGUAAUCAAUCAGCCAGAUCAAACCUUGGAAAUUCUGAUGAGUGAGCUUGACCCAGCAGUUAUGGACCAGUUCUACAUGAAAGAUGGUGUUACUGCAAAGGAUGUCACUCGUGAGAGUGGAAUUCGUGACCUGAUACCAGGUUCUGUCAUUGAUGCCACACUGUUCAAUCCUUGUGGGUAUUCGAUGAAUGGAAUGAAAUCGGAUGGAACUUAUUGGACUAUUCACAUCACUCCAGAACCAGAAUUUUCUUAUGUUAGCUUUGAAACAAACUUAAGUCAGACCUCCUAUGAUGACCUGAUCAGGAAAGUGGUGGAAGUCUUCAAGCCAGGAAAAUUUGUGACCACCCUGUUUGUAAAUCAGAGUUCUAAAUGUCGCACCGUGCUUUCUUCACCCCAGAAGAUUGAAGGUUUUAAACGUCUUGAUUGCCAGAGUGCUAUGUUCAAUGAUUACAAUUUUGUUUUUACCAGUUUUGCUAAGAAGCAGCAACAACAGCAGAGUUGAUUAAGAAAAAUGAAGAAAAAACGCAAAAAGAGAACACACAUAGAAGAAGGUGGUGGCUGCUUUUUAGAUACUGAUACCAGGGGCCAUGCUUUCCAUAACCACCACCUUGUAGUUGCAGAAAGCCCUAGAUGUAAUGAUAGUGUAAUCAUUUUGAAUUGUAUGCAUUAUUAUAUCAAGGAGUUAGAUAUCUUGCAUGAAUGCUCUCUUCUGUGUUUAGGUAUCCUAUGCCACUCUUGCUGUGAAAUUGAAGUGCAUGUAGAAAAAACCUUUUACUGUAUGAAACUUUACAACACUUGUGAAAACAAUUCAAUUUGGUUUACGCACAGUGUAAUAUUUCUCCAGGUUUCAUCCAAAAUUCCCCACAGACAAGGCUUUCGUCCUCAUUAGGUGUUGGCCUCAGCCUAGCCAUCUGGGACUGUUCUAUAAAAUUGCUGCCAGGAUUUUACAUCCACCUUACCUCCACUUUCUAGAACAUACUCUCUACUAAUGUUAUCAGAACCAAUUUCUACUUCAUACAGAUGUUUUUUGCAACAGCAGUUAAAGUUUUCCUUCCACGAGUCAAGUCCUCUAAUGAUUGCAGUUAUCCAUUUUGUGCGUUACUAUUUUAACAUUGCUUCCUAAACUUGUAUUAUUUUAAUUGAUUCGUUCCUCUCCAUGGUAUCUCCCCUCCCAACCACACCCCCUCAGUAAAGCAAUACACUAUUACACUGUGGGUUUAUGCUAUUCUUAUACCCCAGAGGGGGGAGGAGGGGAUAGAGCCUGGGCUUCAUUUUCUUUUAAGGUCAGGGGAGUUUGGCCUUUUCAUUAGAAUGAGCUCUUUUGGAGAAAGUAACAAAAAUAAGGUCAUAUCAAUGAGAAAAGAAGACAUAGAUUGAUGCUAGGGAAUAUUGGCAGAACUGAAUAGAAAUCACAUGCCAUUCUGGGCUCUCAUGCCCACCCCAUUAAAUGAGAUUACCUUCUCAGGAGUACCAUGCCUUUACUAACUGGCUAAGUGGUAGUGUAAAAGAAUUAUUAUCAAUAUACUGUAUUUAUUAGGAUUUUUAAGAUAAAGGUUGUGUUGGAUUCAACAAAUCAGAUAAGCUCAGAUGAUUCACGUUAACUUUAUUUUUGCAGCCAUUUCCACUAAUUUCUAUUAAUGAUAUGCCAUAAACUUUGGUUCAAAGCAAAAUCAAUGUCUUUGCUGUCUUGUGACUUCGAUGCAUGUGAUAGUCUAAGAGUUCCUCUUACUGGUGUUCUUUUCACUAUGGUUUCAUGAGAGCAAGUGAAACUGCCUAGAAUGAGAACUGUUCGGGUUAUUCAGACAUACUCAGUGAAGCAGUGAAGCAGACAUAACAAAAUUCCAAAAUGGUCAAUGGGAAAAUGACUAGAAAUACAGACUGAAAAGAGUUGGCAUCUUUUAGCUAUAUUUGCAAAACACUGAUAUUUAGGCAGCUGAGAAAAGAACAAAGUUGAUUUAAUUUUGUAUUUCUUUUUGUCCUCAAACAAAAUUUUUAAUUCUCUCUGGAUUGAUGCAGUGAUGUUUUUGUUCCUUCCGUAUUUAUAAAUGACACUUUUUUUUAGUGUUUUUGAACAUAAAAUCUACUUGGUUUGAAAUCAAGUGGUUGGAACACUUGACUUUAUUUUAAGCACGUUGUUGAUUCAAAGUUUCAUUGAAGAAGCUUUCAAUCAAUGGGUCAGUCUGAUUCUGUAAUUAGCACACAGUACCUAAUGUUUUGGUGCUAUUAUGAGGACCAAUGCUCAAAAGUGGAUUUUGUUCUUGAACAGCGUCCCAGUAGAUUUGAUGACAUUUGUUGGCUUGAGGUCUGAUUUUUUUCCCCCCCCCAAUAGAUUUAAGAUUUCUAUUUAAGGUUGAAAAACUGCACAAAUUUGUAUGGAACAAAGCCUAGAAAAAUGAAAACUAUAGAUUGAAUAGUAAUUUAAAUUAAUCCUAGUAUGUAUGAUAGAGGAGGGAAAAUUUUGGUGCCAUAAUUUCUCUCUUCAUGGUGUUGGACUUAAAUCAGUUGAAAUGUAUUUCUGUACCACAAUUUAAGCUUCAAUAAAAGUUUGCUUAAUUCA